AUGCCGACCCUUUCAACGGCCCGGGGCCGCUCUGCUCUUGCAGUGAGCAUUGCCUUCACAUGCCUAGCGACAGUCUUUUUUGCGAUCCGCAUGUAUACACGAGCCGUGAUGGCCAAGCAGACGGGCAUUGAUGACUACACUCUCUUGGUUGCUCUUGCUUUCUCAUGGGCCUUCUUUGCUCUCUUCGUUGGAGGUCAGUAUUGUUCCAUUGGCGUCCUCUUGGACUUCCUCAAUGUCCCUGUGAGAACGGGUCUCACCAGUUCAACAGAGGCUUAUCACGGCAUGGGCGCUCAUUUUGAUACCGUGCCACAUGGGAUUUAUGUGACGCAAAUGCUUUGCUUCUGGGCAUCCAUCCCCACAUAUCAAGCCAGUCUCAUCAGCACCAAGAUGUCCAUCCUGCUGCAAUACCACCGAGUAUUCUCCACCACCCCCAGAAUGCGAAUGGCAUGUGUCAUUCUCAUUGGCUUCCUGGCCAUUUACGGAACCUGGACCUUCAUCAGCGCCUGGUUGACCUGCGUGCCAAUCGCCAAGUUCUGGGACCCAACCACUCCGGGGUUCUGCUUCGAUAAAGAGGGCCUAUGGUUCUCGAACUCCGCAAUUCACAUUACAACAGACCUCCUCAUCCUGUUAUACCCCAUGCCAGUCCUCAAAUCCUUGCAGCUGCCGAAAAAGCAAAAGAUAGCGCUGAUGGGGGUUUUUGCGCUGGGUGCAUUUGUUAUGAUCACGAGUAUCCUGCGCCUCAAAAGUCUGCUCGUCAUCUCCAACUCGACGGAUCCAACAUAUGAUAACGUGGGCGCCGCCACUUGGUCAGCCGUCGAGUGCAACGUCGCCAUCAUCUGCGCCUGUCUGCCUAGCACACGGGCCUUACUUUCCAAGCUCCUGCCCCAUCUCUUUUCCAGCCACAAUGGGCAGCGCAGCAAAACGACUCUGCCGGACCGAUUCGGCCGGAGUGGGACUACGAAGACCCAAACACAGAUACAGGCCUCGGUGGUGGGGGGCCGGGAUUUCGACUACGACAUGGAUGAUCUUUCUCAUUCUGGAUCGUGGGAGAGCCCGGCUAAGGAGCAGGAUCACGGGUUCUCGGGGAUUAGGGUGACGACAGCUGUGAGGCGAGAAUCGGUGACGCAGCUUGUUCAGGAUGAGACGGGGAGUACGAAAGACCUUGUAAUAUAA